UGCUCAAAUCCUCUCAUCACCCUUUGGUAAAUAUAUAAAUCUGACCUAUUUUAUAGCCUCCCCAUCUGUUUAUUUGCUUCAUCUGGGUUCCUCUUCAUACAAUACGCAUCAACGUACCCUCCAUUAUAUUUCUCUAUGCACUGUUUCACCGUUAAAAGGAAACCAAAGCUUUGAUUUUUAUGAAUAUUCAAGGUUGAAUGGUCAGCAAAGGGAUGGCAGCAUCAAGCUCUUGUCUUAAGCAAGGGUCAGUACCUAUGGACAAUAUUCGCGUUACACCCGAAGCAACGUAUGAAGCUGUGGUUGCUGACCCUAAGCUCUUCAUGGGUUCAUUGGAAAGGCUACACUCUCGGUUGGGUACUAAGUUCAUGGUUCCUAUUAUAGGAGGGAGAGAUUUGGACUUGCACAAGCUUUUCGUUGAGGUAACCUCUCGUGGUGGAAUCAAUAAGAUACUUCAUGAAAGGAGAUGGAAAGAAGUGACUGCAACAUUUGUCUUUCCUCCAACAGCAACAAACGCAUCAUAUGUUCUGCGCAAAUACUACUUCUCCCUCCUUAACAACUAUGAGCAAAUCUAUUUCUUCAGAUCCAAUAGCCACAUUCCUCCAGACUCUCGCCAUACCCCAUCUGGUGCACCAGGGCUUAUGCAGGGGGGCAUAAGACCUCCACAAGAACUUCAAGCUUUAGCCUUUACACCACAACCAAGGAUCAACAUUGGAGGAGUUUUAAAUGGUGCAAAUGUGAUUGGAGUUGUGGAUGGGAAAUUCGAAGACGGUUACCUUGUAACUGUGACAAUGGGAUCAGAAAAGCUUAAAGGAGUUCUCUACCAGCUUGUUCCAGAGAACACAGUUGGUGCUCAUCAAACUCCACAACAGAGUCAUCAUGGUGGUUUCCCAAACACUUGGAACAACAAUGGUCCUUAUCCUCAGGGGGUUGUUACUGGAGGAGUGAGGAAACGCCGCAGGAGAAGGAAGAAGUCAGAGAUCAAAAGACGUGAUCCUGCUCAUCCUAAACCUAACAGAAGCGGUUAUAACUUCUUUUUCGCAGAGCAGCACGCAAGGCUGAAACCUCUGCAUCCCGGUAAGGAUAGGGAGAUCAGCAGGAUGAUUGGUGAACUCUGGAACAAGCUUAAUGAACAAGAGAGAUUGGUUUACCAAGGGAAGGCAAUGGAGGACAAAGAGAGGUAUCGAACUGAAAUGGAAGACUACAGAGAGAAGCUUAGGACAGGACAGCUUAUAAGCAAUGCUGUUCCAUUGCAGCAGAGGCUUCCUGAGCAAAACGUAGAGAUUGCUGAAGUUCCAAUGGAAGAAGCUGAAGAAGAAGAAGACGAAGAAGAAGAAGAAGAAGAAGAAGAAGGGGAUUCAAGCGGUGACUCAGGGGAAAGCGAGCCACAUUCUGAUGCUGAAAUGGAGGAGCCAUCUCUUACUCCUUCAGGUCUAAACCUAAACCCUAAUCCGAGUGAGAUAGUGGUGGCUCCUAAGGAGAAAGCUAGUGAUGUUGUUGUGAUGGAAACAUCUCCAGGGAAGAAAGACGAAGCAUUUUAGUCAAAAAAAAAAAAAAAGAAAGACGAAGCACCGGCUGUGGUGGUGGCUGCUCAGCAGAACUGAAGAUUCUUCUCUUGUUUCGUUUUGGUGCCGCAGGUAAGAAAGAUUAGAGAGAGGGAAUGCUUUUAUAUGGUUACUUGCGGCCUAAGACAUUGUCUUUUGUUUUAUUUUAGCUUUCUUCCGCAACAAAACAUGUUUAGGAGUGAAUUGUUUCCCAUUGUUUUAACAUUUU